AUGGCAGGGUCCAAUGAUUCUCUUAGUAGCCAGACGCCCAUAGAGACGACCGAGACCCCGGCGCAUAGCAAUCCAGAAGGCCGUGCUCUCACGACCGAGCAAGUACGGGCGAUGAAGAACAUCACUGAAAGAAUCUAUGCAUAUAGGGAACCAGAUGGCUACGACCCUUCGAAGCUGUUUCACCGCAAAGUUAAUAAACGAUCAAUGCCAGACUACUACGAUGUGAUCAAGGAGCCUGUAGCCCUGAGUACGCUGAAGGCUAAACUUUUGACGAAAGAGUACAAAAGCUUCUCCGAAUACGUUCGUGACUGCGCCCUAAUUUCACACAACGCCCAGACGUACAACAGAGCUGAGUCGGGAGCAUACCAGGAUGCCGUGGUCCUCAGACGGGAGUUUGAAAAAGAAUUUAAAAUUCUUGCUGACCAGGGUGUUAUCUCACAAGAGGUGGCAACUUAUCCUGACUUAGGGGAGCUGCCUCCUGUUGAGUCUCCUUUACCAGUCGAGGAGGAGGAAGAUGACGAUGUGGACGACGAGGAAGACGAUGAGGAAGACGAAGAAGACUCUGACGAGGAUGGUCCAAAGCGAAAGCGAAAGCGUGGUCCUCGCUCUACGGCCGCCAUCACGAAGCGCGAAGGGGGUAAGGACGAUGGGGGACUGAAGGGCAACGAUGCCGAGUCUAGGAAGAGGCGAGGUCGACCACCUCGUGUGGAUACUCCGAUGGAGUCUAGAAUCAAGGCGGUCUUGAAAGCCAUUCGCAAGUACAAGAACGAGCAUGGAAACAUCAUCAUCCAUCAAUUCGAGAAAUUGCCGGACAAGGUCGCCAUGCCGGAAUACUACAUAGAAAUCAAAGAACCAAUUGCAGUUGAGCAGAUUAAGAAGAAACAAAAGCGGAAGAAGUACCAAUCCGUUGAUCAUUUCAUGCGCGAUAUCGAUGUCAUGUUCAACAACGCGAAGAGCUAUAAUCAAGACGAGAGCCAGAUCUACAAAGACGCUGUGUAUCUCCAGACCGAAACACACAAGCUUGCAGAUGCAGAGAAAGAAAAACCAGACACAGAGUUCCAAAUGGAAGAAGGUCGUUUGCCCUUACCAGGCGGCAUCUUGCACAAUGGCCAGCUAUGGAAAGUUGGCGACUGGAUUCACAUACAGAAUCCGAACGACGUGACAAAGCCGAUCGUCGCCCAGAUCUAUCGUACUUGGCAAGAUACUGACGGAGAAAAGUGGGUGAAUGCAUGCUGGUAUUACCGGCCAGAACAAACUGUCCAUCAGUAUGAAAAGCACUUCUACCCCAACGAGGUGGUCAAGACAGGGCAGUACCGAGAUCAUCGUGUUGACGAGAUUAUCGAUCGAUGCUUUGUCAUGUUCAUCACGCGUUACAGCAAGGGUAGGCCACGAGGAUCUUCAGCCGACAAAGAUGUUUAUGUGUGCGACUCAAGAUACAAUGAGGAGAAACACAAGUUGAACAAAAUCAAGACCUGGGCUAGCUGCUUACCUGAUGAGGUUCGAGACCAGGACUAUCCUAUGGAUAUGUUCGAUGGGGGCGUCAAAAAAAUCAAGAAAGUACCAAGUCCAAUCUUGCAUCUACUCAAGGAGGAUGCAAAGGAGACGGACGAGUUACCCAAGCCAAGAUGGGGAGCUGACAAUGCUCCUCCUGCUGUAGGUGCGGUGUACAAAGGGCCGCGCGACGAAAACCAAUCUCCACCUCCAGAACCCACCCCAUCACCUCCCCCACAACCAGCACCAUCGGUAGCAAAACCUGUCAAUAAUUCAACGGCCUACGAUACACCCAGCUAUCCAAGAGAUGGUCAGGGUGAUGCUAUCAUGGGUGGCUAUAACCAACCACCCGCAACAUCUUUCAACCAACCUCAAGGCAACCUCGCCCAAGCCUACGGCUCAUCUGUACCACUGUACCAUCAACACUCGGCCUCCCCAGCUCCGGUCCAUCAUCCACAUCAGUACACCCAGCAAGCCUCCAAUUCCUAUACGCAGCCUCAUCCUGCGGCCGCGACCUCAUCUCAUCUUGACCAUUAUGCCACGCCAAAUCGCUACGUCAACCAGCGCGUCGCUGGGCCCAGCAUCCCUGCCCAGCGUCUCCCGGAGGUCGGCCACUUACCAGAAAACGCAAAUCUAGCCAUUCCCGAAGAUACGCGCGAUCAAUUUCAACAAGAUGACAAUGGUCAUGUGCUCUGGUUCACCUCGCCACCAGUGGAUACGCUACCGCCCACAAAACCCCACUCGGCUAUCGGGCACACCGCCAAAUACCUGGCGGAAAAAAUCCGUCUGAAAAAGGCCCUGAAGGAAAAGCGGAAGGCGGAAGGUCUCCCAGUAGAAGAGGAAGAGCAGCCGCAGCUCCUAGUGAAGAAGGCCAAACAUGGCGUUGCUGGGGAUUUGCAACAGCAGGUCAAUGACUUGACCGUGAAGGCACUGUGGAAAUGGAACGAACAGAUGCAGGAAGGCACCGACAAGAUCUAUCAGACUCUCUACGGCCAGCAUUGGGGUGAAGGCAAGAAGUAUGAAAUGGAAAAGCUAGCUAAAGUGCAAGCGGAUGAGAAGAGGCGUCAGGCAGAGAUUGCGAAGACUAAGCACAAGAGUAACUGCUGGGACGCAGCGAGAGCCUCAUGCAGUGACACCGGGAUCUACAAAGACGACUGGGAUCCGAGGUUUUGA